AUGGGUGACGUAGAGUGGACAGGGACUGUCGGUAGCAGCUGCAGUGCUCCUCCCAAUCAGCAAGUGGCAGAGAAAUGGAAACGCUUCCAGCGGCAGGAUAUUAUACUGCAAAAAUUGGAUGGCUUUUUCUCGCAUGGAUCUUCUGACGACAUUCAACAACUCGAAGGUAGGACAUAUUCCCUGCACUCCAGAUGCCUCUGGCAGGCAAUUACUUUCUCAUUGAGGAGAUAAUCUGCCUAGACGACUUUAAGACGCAUGAUGUUACGGUGCGAGAAGUGCUUGACAGCGUUAAUGCGGAUUCUGAAUUGCGCUUCAGCAUUCGUGGUAGCAAGAUCCGGCUUAAACCACCCGAACUUAAUGUGAAUUGGUUCUUCCUUUAUCUUUCCUUUUCGCUCAGGAUGCGCGGAUCCUCUUGUCGAAAAGGCUGACUUGGAUCCUCAGACACGGGGCGGAGAAGGCGGGACUGAAGUACCAGUACGGUAUGCCCAGAACGACUGUUGUUUUUAAUGAUACGUCCUUUACUGAAGAUCAGAAUUUCCACUGUCUGCUGCGUUUUGUGGAAUGUUGGCGGCCUAAGUGGGCACUAGUUUUGUUCAUACGUAGGUGUAACAUCUGGAACGUAUCUGAAUGAAGACAACAGGUAGGUUAGUGAUGCGAAAGUAAAGUAGUCUUCAUGCGAGGAGGAAACUUUCAGAAUAACCUGUUGUUAAUCCGAAUCGAAUGCUUUGGAGAAGACGGUUGCCUCGUUAUUUUCGUGACUGGACAUUUGGAGUCCUUAUCUAGAUGGUGGCUAACGGUGUUGGAAUUCUGAUAAACCACAUCCAUAUAGCCAUUUCUACAUAAAUAUAGCGCUUAUCUUCGCCGUUUCUACAGUUGGGUGGUCAUAAAGGUUGUUUUUACUCGAUUCUGUGACUAGAAUAACUUGGUUUCUGGUGACGACUUUCCUGCAUCUCCAAUUUUCUCAUCCACCUUAGAAGUUCAAGCUGAAGCUCUUGAAGACGACUUUGUCCCACACCUCUAAUAUAUCGAUUUUUUCCAGGCGUUCAACACUGUCGCACGUCGAUAUUUUUCGCAUAAACUGAUCGCCUUCGUUAUCAGUGGCCGUCUUCUAGGCUUUGAAGGAGUGUUUCAUACAUAUCGAAAAGAGCGCAAUAGAAGGAUUGACACCCAGAUGACCAGUUAGUCCUUUGAAAUUGUCCACACCGACUACAGCCGUAGUUUGAGCGAUGAGUUCCUGAUUUCUACAUGCAAAAAUGUGCUAUUCUGCAUCUGCGCCGUCAUUCAUCACUUGGAUAACAGCAUGAAUUUAUCUUACCUGAAUGCCACUCAGCUUGAUCUAACGCCCUCGCAUAAGCGCUUUGGUACUUGGAAAGGCAACACUUUAAAAUCCACCCCACGGCGCAUAAAGAAUGUAAGAUGCACCACCCGAGUACUACACAUCACGAAAGAACGUUUGCAGUUCCGGAAACCGCGAUUCGGAAAGGACAUAGGCAAUCUUGGGAAAGUGCAAUGCCGGUCGAAAAAGUCAACUGAAGUUAGAAAACGCCGAUCAAGCCCUCGGAGGUUUCGAACCCCCGGGUUGACCACGGCUGGCUGGUGAUAGCUAAUAAGCCGGAAGUGACCACUACAGUUCCCCUUGUCUUUCUCCUCACAUGCUGAACCAGAGGUGAACAGACAGCUGCCUGCUUGCCGCUCAAAUUUCAUACAAAGUCAGUGCUGCUUAACGUAGAAGAGAUACCGAGAAAGAUAUGAAACCUCGAAUAGCCACUUCUCGCUUAUUCGUCGUAAUUAACCAGCCCUACUGAAUUCCGGCCUGAACAAACCGCAGCUCAAUCUGUAAAUACACCGUAAAACAAUCCUCCCUCACUAACUAGUGUUCCCGAGGGCAGCAGACAGGGCGACGGACCCCUGCCUUAAGGGUGGGACGUUGGACUUCAAUGCCUGAUGACCAAAGAUCUUUGUUCAAGUCCCGAGUUUCCAAAGUCGGGAUUGAUGCAUGACUGCCUGGCUACGACCAAUAAGUCAUUCCAGUCUGCUCUGUCUGUGUUUGUACUCUGCUUUGUCAUCGGUCGCCGUACCACUGCUCGCGAGGACUCUAGAUUGAAAUACAACUGCACCGCUAAAGGAUUCUUCAAUGCUGAGGCGCCAUGGCAAUCAGUUACUCAUAUAUUCACAGCUAUCUAGUCAACCUGCUGUUAUUAAAAAAACCGGUUUUUGAGAGACCCUGUCCAAUAUCAACGACAGUAUGCUGAAUGCGUGCUAAAAUUUCAACACUGUUGAAGCUUCCAGCCUUUAUCUGCGCUGAACAAGAGGUAGUUCUGACGUAUCAUGUGGAACUUUGUUGCGAAUGGACACUUCCUGCUCCGCUAAUUUCUGGCCGACUCUCAUCACUUCUCAUCCCCGGUCAAUGAAUGUACACUACUUAUAUGGGAAAUGAGACAAGAGUUUUUGAGACAGCUAGGCUUUCACUCAGGUGAACUAAUGCAAACGGCUACCUAAGCUCUCAGACCAUACGUCUUAACAGCCAUACCAUAACCCCAGAACUGCCCAUUUGCAUUCGUAUUUGGUGUCACCCACUCGAAACACGUCUAAUUAUUCAUUUGAGCUUCCAAACUGGUCGCGUUUAUACUUCUGCAUUUUGCUCCCCAAGGCGGCUACGUGUACCUCGAUGACAUUUUGAAGCACCCCCAAUUCGCUAAAGACAAAGUUACGGAAGAGCAGGUAUUCAGUUUGGUCAGAGAGGAUGCCAAGGGACGUUUUGAGAUAGACAACAGCGAUCCGAGUGGGAGGCUGCGCAUUCGAGCUCUUCAAGGUCACUCUUGCAAGGUAAGUUGUAUGCCAUUUUGUCAUCUCUUGUGCUUAGUGUCGGUUUCUUUGCCUCUUUUUCUUUUUUGUAAUUGUAAUAUUCUACUUCAUCACCAGCUCCCGCAAUUUUUCCCCCCUGAACACAAAGUGAGUUUCAAUUCUGUCUGAAAUGUCCGCUGUCUGUGUGCUUGCUUGCUAAGAUUCUCCCUGUUUAAGUUUAGGUUCUUCUGCAGAAAUACUGAGCACUUUGUUGUCCAUGACUUUCCUCUCUCGGUUGCGUGUCGCUGUUGCGUUAUAUAAGCACGAGGACCACCCUGCCACGUACUUGUACUCAGUACAGCUGUAGUCAUGCGUCAUCUGCUUGGUCGCCAUGGUGUCGCGAAUUGCACCUCCUCCUUGCGGCGGAAGAUCCAGAGAGCUGGACCCAUCCUUGCGUUAGACGCGGUGCUGUCGAAAGGGGUGUAGUCGACAAGACAAAGAUUCCCAAUCAUAAGUCAGGGGAGACGGAGUGAGUUGGACAACCUUUACUGUUUUGGAAGUGCGUACACAAAGGCUCUGUGGGCAGGCGCCGCGAGCGCGCUCUCCAGGCAAAUUGUUGUCUGUGUCCACCUUCGAGGUGCUGAGACCCAGCGCGUGUGUGCGCCUUUCGUUGUCUCCGCGUCUGCCAGCCAAUCAGAGGGGGAACAGCGUUGAUUGGCCUGGAGCUCUCGCAAGGCUAGUGACAAGCCUCGCUCAUCCCAGUAGCGUAUCGACAAGGAGUGUGAGGCGGACAGGAAGAGAGCAUGGCAAAGGCGGAGGACAAGGAGACGCGAACUGCCAUAGUAACCCCCGGCUAGACCGACGGCGGCGCGUAGCGACGCCGAAAGAAUUUUUGUCUGCCUCGUUCCUUGGAAAUCAUUGUGCAUGCCCUCUGUUUAUUGAGUAAUCAGUGCGCAGAGGAAUAAAUAUGAUGCGGUCGGCCUUGUGCCCGCUAAACAUCUCACAGAGGUUUAAGAUUAUGCGCUACGAUUUACUUGAUAUCCACCUCCACAUUUUUCAGAUUGAGGGCCUAGACCUGCAACCCAUUGAUGUGGGUGAAUGUCCUGUAGUAAUCCACGGAACCUAUUACCAAAACUGGUCAAGCAUUUCUCAAACGGGGCUCAGCCGAAUGUCGCGGACGCAUAUUCAUUUUGCUGCCGGGGUGCCCGAAGGAAACAUGGCCAAAUCCGGCUUACGAGCGUCUGCUGAUGUUUGGAUUUAUCUUGAUAUUGACGCAGCCAUCAAAGGUAUGUUACGAGUUUCUAACUGUUAAUGCAGAAGCUUCUCGCAGUGGGUUUGAAAUAUACAGUAUACAGUGAGUGACCUAGCUCAUGAAAUGUUGGCUGAAAUUCUGAAAUGCGUUUUCGAUUAGGAAGGAUUACUUGGUCGCGGUUGUAAUAUUGAUUAUCUUGUGGCAUACUCUUAUAACAUUUCGGACUCGGCAGGAUGUCGGUUUUUAAAUGCACUUCUUUUCAAUCUCCUAUAGAAGGCGUGCUCGGUAAAAAAUGACUACUUAAGUAGCAUGCAUUUUUUCCAUUGAUUUUCGA